AUGCACAUGGAUGCAGCGGUGAUCCCUAACCAGACUGAAGGCUCUACAGGGGCCUCAUAUGAAAAGUGGCGCAUCAUUUGCCCCAAGACAGAAGGGAACUAUUCAGGACAGCUUGCCGCGUUCACGUCAUUGGCAUCCGCCGUCGAUCUUGAGGGCUACGAAUAUGUCGUUGUCGGUUCUGGUGCUGGUGGAGGACUUGCAAUUGCAGGCCACAAGACGCUUCUCAUUGAAGCUGGCGAUGACCAAGGCACAAACGUCAACUACACAGUCCCGUCGUACAACGCCAGGGUUUCGGAAGAUCCCAAUCUGUCAUGGAACUUCUUUGUGAAGCACUAUGCCGAUGAGAAAAGACAGGCCCGCGACUACAAGACUACCUACGAGACCCCCGAUGGUGGUCGCUACACUGGACUGACCCCACCGGCUGGCUCCAAGCAGCUUGGUACCCUCUACCCACGUACUGGAACCCUUGGAGGCUGCACUGCGCACAACGCUUUGAUUGCAGUUUACCCCCAUCAGAGCGAUUUCGACUUCAUCUCCAGCUUGACUGGUGACCAGUCCUGGUCUGCUGCCAAUAUGCGCAAGUACUUUUCCAAGUUGGAAGACAAUCACUAUCUUCUUCCUGGCCAAAAGGGCCAUGGUUACGAUGGAUGGCUUGGGACCCAAUACUCUCCCAUCGAUAUCGUGCUUACUGACCCAAAGCUUCUCAGCUUGGUCACUGGUGCCACCUUCGCCCUCGGAAACGAGACCAACGCUGUAAUCAACUUGGCGAGUCUUCUUGCCGGAGACGCGAACGCAGACACCAAGACCCGUGACACACAACCCGCAGUGUACCAAAUUCCUUUGUCGACUGCUGAUGGCAAGCGCACCGGCUCCCGCGAGUUCGUCCUCGCUGUUCGCGAUGCGGUCAACGCCAACGGCACUAAGCGUUUCCCGUUGGAUUCUGUUACUCCCCCUCGUGCUAAUGGAGUCGAGUUCCUCGAUGGCCAAUACCUGUACAAGGCCAGCCCAAAGAGCAGGGGCGCUGCUGGAAUCCCCGGCUCCGUGAAGGCUUCGCGUGAGGUCAUCGUCGCAGGUGGCACCUACAACAGCCCUCAGCUGUUGAAGCUGUCCGGCGUCGGACCCGCCGAUGAGCUCAAGCGAUUCGACAUCCCUGUCGUCGCGGAUCUGCCUGGUGUCGGUACGAACCUCCAGGACCACUACGAAAUUAACGUUCAAGGAAAGGCCCCAUCCAACUUCUCUGCUCUGGACGGUUGCACUUUUGGAGAGGGUGGUGAAGCCAGUGACCCAUGCCUUGCCCGCUGGCAGAAGUCUGUCCUUGGUAACCGUGGUAUCUACGCUUCGCCAGGUCUCGGUGCUGCCAUGUUCUACAAAAGCUCUGUUGCUGCUCGCAACGAGUUCGAUGUUUUCGUCUUCGGUGGCCCAGUCAACUUCCGCGGAUACUUUCCUGGGUACUCAUUCAACGCCACUCACGAGCAUGAUUGGUUUACGUGGGCUAUUCUUAAGGCUCAUCCCCGUAACAAUGCCGGAUCUGUUACCCUCCAGUCCGCUAAUCCCCUCGAUGUUCCCGCUAUUACCUACAACUACUUCGAUACUGGAAGCGGUGACUAUCAAUCUGACAUCACGGCUUUGUCAGAAGCCGUCAAACUUGCUCGCAGCUCCUUCAAGCGUCAGCUUGUCAAGAUCGAUGAGGUGCUGCCUGGAAAGGACGCGAAUGUUGAUGAUUACAUCAAGGACACCGCAUGGGGUCACCACGCCUCUUCCACUUGCCCCAUUGGUGCGGAUAAUGACCCAAUGGCUGUCCUUGACUCCAGCUUCAGGGUCAGGGGAACUGCUGGCCUCCGUGUGGUUGAUGCGUCCGUCUUCCCCAGGAUUCCCGGUACAUUCACCGCCGUCUCGACCUACAUGGUCGCUGAGAAGGCAGCUGAUGUUAUCCUUGCUGAGCUUGCUGCCCAGUAA